AUGCGCACUCAAAUUUUUGCUGCUGCCGCAUUACUUGCGAGCAGCGCUGCGGCCACCAACACAUGGACGCGCAUCGACACUUCUCCUGCUGAUAGCUUCCGCUUCCUGAGAGCCCGCCAAGGUGGAGAAUCAUUUAAGCCAGACCAAACCAAUGGUUCUGGCGAAACCUGCGAAGAUGCUUUCGGCGCUGGCUACGUCCAAUGUGGAACAACAGGCAAAAUUUGCUUCAAUCCCAAUAUCGGGCAAUCAUGCUGCGAUGGAUAUUCCUGCCCAAGCGGUUCUGGCUGCCUCACUGAUGGCUACUGCUGCCCAGAUGACCUUGGGCCCAAAGCUUGUCUUGAGAAAUUAGGCAUGAGCAACCUGCCCCCUUUUCUUCCCUCCGCCACUGCCAUGCCAUCUGCGUCUACCCCCGCCAACACCCCCUCCGAGACGCCGUCUGAGCCUCCUGCGGACGAGACCCCAUCCGAGUAUCCCAUAUCACCUUCGGCUACUCCCUCUACGGCUCCCACUGCCGCUACUAUAACCCCGAUCUACCCAACUGCCUCCCCAUCUCGAUCUGUCUGCACCGCAGCUAACACCGCAUCUAACAACAAAAUUUAUCCAACGGGCACUCUCCCAAGUCAACCUCCAUCGGCGAGUCCACCGGUGUACGGUAAUGGGGCCAUCUCAGCGGAGGUCGCUACUGGCGCCGUUGCUGUUCUCGGAUUCCUCAGCUUCAUUCAAAAUCUGUUGUAA